AUGGCGCUGCAGGUCAGAGUUGCUCCGAGCAAGGUUGUUUUGAAGAACCUCCUCAUUUGUGUCAUCCUGUUCUACACUGUGUAUUAUGUGUGUUUGAGCUUGUGCUGCCUGACACUCAAGUUCUAUGAGUUGGAUGUUUUGGCACCAUUUGACUUCAAAACAACUCCCUCGUGGCACAGCACGAAUUAUAAAGUUCUUUUAGUGUCCACAGAGGUCACUUACUUUCUAUGUGGAUUGCUUUUUGUUCUGGUUGUGGAGGAAUGGUUAUGGGAUUAUGCCAUUUCAGUAACUAUUCUUCAUGUUGCCAUCACAUCAGCUGUUAUGCUGGAAUUCCCCUGGACGUCACACUGGUGGGCUGCCUUAGGUAUAUUGGAAUUGUUCCGGUUUGGAUUUUUUAAUGCACAAAAACUGUUAAGUAGAAUAAUUUUGGAGGAAAAAAUUAUUUUAAUCUUAGUCAUAAUUUCUCUUAUUAUUUUUCAAGAUAAUGAUGAUGAUGUCUAA